AUGCUCCUUUACCAAGGGCUUCGCAGGGCCCCCCCUUCGUUUGAAGACUCUGGGGGAGCGACACCGCAAGGCCAGCCUCCUCCCAGUCUGGGAAUCGACAGGCCCUGUGUGGACCCCGCAGCCUUAGGGGGGCCCCUGCUCUCUUCUCUGUUAUUCGAGGGCCCCCCUAAGCACACUCCAAGGCCUCAUCCUCUCUUUGCUCGCUAUGCUGCCCCUGUUUUUUACGCCUUCCCGUUUUCCUUCGCUGGCGUUUGUCCCUCUCUCGCUGUCUCCUCGGUGAAUCGGACGCGCACGGCUUGCGUUCACCUCUCCUUUAUCGGGGACGGAGUGAGGCUCAUUGGAGGAACAGCUGGUGGUGAAUUGGUGGUUUGGGGGGGGGGCGCCUUGGGAUUUGAAGAUCUCAAGCGGCUGCCGCAUGCAGGUGGCGCUGUGACAGCGAUCGAAGCCGAUACUCUCUACGAUCGCAUCUUUGUGGGGGACGCUGCUGGAAAGAUCGCAGUGCUUUCGCUCGCACUCAGCCCAAUCGAAACGGAACCUCUAGAGGUGUGUCUUGUGCAUUGUGGCGAAAAACGGGGUGCUAAGAUGUGUGGCAGCAGCAAACUGGGCUGGCACCCAGUAUCUUCUCUGGCUGCAACAGGCACCACUGCGGGCUGGGUGUAUCUCUGGGAUGUCAGGGAGCAACAACCCGUAGCGGCCAUCCAGCCCCACAGAGGCACCGUCAACAAGAUUCUAUUCCAUCCAUCGGGAGACAGCCUCCUUACGAGCUCGAGAGACUCCUCGGUCCGCCUGCUGGACCUCCGCACGCUAAGGUCUCUGCAAACGCACAAACUUCCUUCAGGGGGGCCCUCCGCUUGCCACGCGGCGGGGCCCCAGGCCGGCGGUGGGGGGCCCCCCCCCGCGGGUCCCCCGCCUCUCGGCUGGGAGCCUAGCACGCUGGCUAUUAGUCCGGCGCAGCCUCAUGUCUUUUGUGUGGGAGACACGGGCGGGUUCCUCUCCUUCUUUUCGCUGCUGCAGCCUGGGGGGCCCCUGUGCAGAAUUGACAAUAGCGGGGCCUCUCAGGCUGGGGGCCCCACUGCAGGGGGCCCUCAGGGGGCCGGAGGGCCCUCCAGCAGGGAAAAUGCAAUCGUAGCGCUAGAAUGGGCGCCUCAUGGGGCCGCUAUCGCCUCCGCGUCGGAAAGUAGACUACUUAGGCUCUGGGGAAGGGGGGCCCCUGGGGGACCCGUAGGAAGGGCUCUCAAUGCGGGGGCCCUCCUCGAGUUAGAUGGUAACGGGAUACUACAAACAAUAAUAGCGGACCACAAUCAGGGGGCUCGCUCAAGGAGGCUGAAUGACUGCCCCCAGGAGAGUGCCCUGUGCGCAUCGUUUGCCCACCGCCUAUUGAAUACGCAUACACCAGACAUUGCAUGCGGUCCAAAAGAGGGACUGCAAUAUUAUCUGGUAAAAAUUUCUCAUACAACAGCAGAAAAUAACGGUGCUUUGACCCCCCAGGUGGGGGGCCAGGGAGGGGCCCCGCAUCGGGAGACCCCGGGGGCCUCUCGAUGGACCGGGGUGUCAAGACACUGCACGGUGGGUGCGAUCCAGACACGAGACCCUGGGGGUAGGUGUGGAGGGGGCCCCUCAAGAGGGCCCUCCGUUACUCAGGUCAAUUUAUGGCCUCGACGAGCGGCGUUUCUCCAAAGGGCAGCGCCCAGGAGGCCCCCUCAUGGGGGGCCCCCUCCACUUGUGCUCUCAAAAGGUGAGUCCUCGAGACUCUCUGCGGAGGGCCCCACAGGCAGCAGCGGCGCGAAACGAUGGAUGCACUGA